UUGACCUUUUAUAUAAGGAGGAGCUGCAGCAACCUUCAAACCCUCGGGCUAGGGUUUCAACUUCGCUGCUGCGGCUACCGUCUUCAACCUAUCUCCCCAUCUCUGACAAGCCCUCCGGAGCCGAAGAACUUGCUUCUCAAUCACCAUGGGGAAGACACGUGGUAUGGGAGCUGGUCGCAAGUUGAAGUCCCACCGUAGAAGGCAAAGGUGGGCUGACAAGGCAUACAAGAAGUCCAACCUUGGGAAUGAGUGGAAGAAGCCAUUCGCCGGGUCUUCUCAUGCCAAGGGCAUUGUCCUUGAGAAGAUUGGUAUUGAAGCUAAGCAGCCGAACUCUGCUAUUAGAAAGUGUGCUAGAGUUCAACUUAUCAAGAACGGGAAGAAGAUUGCUGCAUUCGUCCCCAACGAUGGUUGCCUGAACUAUAUCGAAGAAAAUGAUGAAGUUUUGAUUGCGGGAUUCGGUCGUAAGGGUCAUGCCGUCGGAGAUAUUCCCGGUGUCAGGUUCAAGGUUGUGAAGGUUUCUGGAGUCUCCCUCCUGGCUCUCUUCAAGGAAAAGAAGGAGAAGCCAAGGUCUUAAUUUUGCAUUUAGCCUUUGUCUCGGGACCCCUUUUCGAUGACUUCAUUAGAGAGUUCUCGUGGUACUUUUUAUUGUUGAGUGCUAUUUUGAACAAUGUAUUACCAAUUACUCAGAAGAAGCUUUUGUUUCUGUUUUGAGUUAAGAGUAGUUAUUACUGAUGGGCAAA